AUGUUCCAACAUGGUCUAAUUAUAUAUAAUUAUAUAACUUUCUAUUUUCUAUAUCUUUCUAUCAUUCCAAUAUGGGAUCAUCCCAGGCAUCGGUCGGCGCGGGGCUGCGGGGCAUUGCGGGGCUCAGGUGCUACGUUGGACUUCAACGCAUUCAGUGUGGUAUACCAUGGCGCCCUGGUCUGGAUUUUGCUGCGCUUGUCUCAGGGGCAGCUGACCUAUGUGACUGGUGCCUUGAUGCCGCCAUGGGAGACCGGAAUGCUUUUUGCGCUCCUCCAUGUGGCCACGGUGAUUCUCCUGUCCUCCGCAGAAUUUCCAGAUGCAGCGUCUCAGCCCUGGCUGCUGAAACUUCUGGGAGCCAACCAGGCAGGUGCUACAGCUGCCCAGGCAGUGGCAGUCUUUCUGCUGGCAGAGGUUUUGCUCUGGCGUCCAUCCAGGUCAGACUUCCCUAGCCUUCCCGCUGCGCAGCAGCCAUUCAUGGAGGCAAACACCACUCGCACUGGACUUGGGGAGCUACAGCUCUCGGAGACGCAGACGCAGACGUUUGGAACCAGGGCAAGGUCAUCGCAAGGGAGCGAAGCUGUGAGCCGUCACAGCAGAUUGCCUUCCAGAUCUAGCACCUGGAUCAACAGCAUCUUGCCAUGGCUCAGACGCUUUGCCCGAGGCCCGAUAUUCCCCGUGGCCUCACUGCUACUUUGGAGCUUCACUUGGCCCAGUUUGCCAACAGCACCACUGAUGGCAGGAGCGCUGCUGUUGCUUGUGGUGCCUGUAAAAGCUCGGCCUUUGAGAUUGGCUUUGCAGUACUUAUCGUUGUAUGCUGUGCUCUUCUACAUCUACAACGUUUACUUGAGUUGCUUACCGGAAACACCAACGACAUUGGUGCCGAAGAGCUUCACCUGGCUGGAGAGAUGGGGCUUGCAGAGUUUUUUGCCACAAGGUGAGACCUCCUUAGCUUAUUUUCGACUGCGCUUGGUUUGCAUUCAAUCGUUGUGCCUGACAUUGCUGUCGACCUCGAUUCGCUGUUUGCAGCAUCCUGAAGCCACCGAUGGAGAUGGCGUUACCGGAAAUUUGGCUCUGAGAUGGGUGUGCUGGUUUGGACGUGUAGGCGCUGUGGUAUUCUGCACGUUUUUGGCAUUGGCACAUCAGCUAUCGCUGAUUGGACUUUGCCUUCUGCUUUGGACCUUGCUCCUGGCUUUCAGUGGCUACAUCUCAAAGCAAAACUGUGGAUGGGAUGGCACCCGCGGACAUGCCUGGGUUUGGUGGACGCUGUUCUCCUUGUCGACAGCCUCCGCGGUUCUGCAAAUGGUGUGGCAGGUCCUUGCAACUGAGACAUAUCCGCAACUGGGACUUACCCGGGAGCUGCCACAAGCAGCAAACUUUGUGAUGCUCUCGGCUCUGGCUGCAGUGCAGGUCUGGGUCUUCAGGGCAUGCGUGGAAUCUCCUGGCUCGAUGAUGAAGACCACUUCUCUACUAGCACAAUUCCUGAGUACGUUGGGCAUUUUUGUCCCCAUGGUGCUCAUGUUCGUUGCGGUAAUGCUGAAGCCGGUGUCCAUUUUCUCCUUCGUGGUGCUUGUGCUCUUUGUAGCCAUGGCAGCCGUGGAGCAGUUCAGUUUGCUUCGAUGUCGUUCCCUGGUGUUGACCUUGACUUGCUUGGUGGCUGCCCUGCAGUUGCCGCUUCGGUUCCUUCUGUUGAUGCCGCGCUGCCAGUCGUGGAUAGAAGAACAGUUCCCAGAAGCGGAGCACGAGGUUCUAUGGGAGAUGUUGGCAUUGGACCAAGCGUUGACCGAUGAUGCGAAGAGGAAAUUAAUGAUGAUGGUGGCCCUCAUGUUCGUCUCAAGCUUUUUGUGCAAAGGCUACAACAUUUGGACUCAGGGCCAUGUUGAGACGGUGCAGUGGAGCGAUCAAUGGGAGGAGGAGUUGAAGACCAAGAUUCAUGGCACAGAGGGAUGCACCAUCACCAACCAGCGUGGUACUCGGCUCCAUGAAGCAACCAGCGGCAGCGGAGUGCUUGCAGAAAAUCAACAACCAGUGCAAGAAGAUUUCCCAUUGAAGGUCACCUUUCCUUUGCGGGAUCAGUUCAAGAUCACUGAAGAGUCGUGCCCUCGACUGGUGAUUUUGCUACAAACGGCCGCUAGUUGGUCUGAGGCACUGAUGAUUCUGGUGUCGUACUUUCUCUUGCUGUCCACCGAUUUCUUAACUCGCGUCCAGCUGAUUGCGCUGACAGUUCUAUUGAGCAGCGGCAAGGGAUGGAGCUAUGUGGGUGGCCUGGUUUCUGUGUCAGCAAUGGCCUCGUUGCUCAUCCAGUACCUCACCCAAUUCGACUUCCUUAAACCUUCGGAUACGGCCACUGCUGAAUGGCUGGGCAUCCUGUGGGAAGAGAAACUGGUCGGACCGGAGGUGGCUUUGGCAGGCCUCGGAAUUGCUCAGCAUGCAAUUCAACGAGUGGCGGCCCGCUGCGAAUCGCAGGAGCAGAAAUCUCACGAGGAGCUCGUGGGCCAUAGUGCUUUGAUGGGUGCCUCGAUCAAGCUACGACCUUUGAUGGAGGUGCCUGUGGUGGUUCAUGGUCCACAAAGCAGGUCUGAAGGGAGACCGACCACAGGGAGUAGCUUUUGUCAUGAUUCCUCCAGGCUCCCGACACCUUCGUCGGCCAGGGGGAAAGCUCCCUUCUUUGGCACGGAAAUCUUCGCCAAAAGCGGUUGCGAUCACAGCCCACGAAGACCAUGGGUGGUGCAUUGCCCAAAGGAUUGCCCGUGCCGCCGACACGCGCGUUCCCGGCCUGUGCAGAGCGCCACACUGCCCAAGUGGUGGAUGGAAUGGCAGGCCAAGGGGCUGGCGAGCGAAAAAAUCACAAGCCAGGAGUUGAACAUAACAUCAGAGGAUACCUUCGAGGAGUUGCCGCUCUUUGGCACAGGUUCUGCUUCUUUGUCACUGAGUAACAAGCUCUUUCCUGUGGGGCACCCCGGAACGCCGGAACCUUCCAAGAUCAUCAGCAAUGUUCCAUUCUGCGACGCCCACGAAUGGGCCAUGCCAUUCCAUGCCCAUGCGAGGGAUGGCGAUGCCAGCCGGUAUAAACAUCACAAGUCCAACGUGCGACCGCCGAAGGUAUUUCUCCCGCGUGCAAAGACCACAGGACCCCGAGAACUCAAUAUAGCUGCCAGCCCUCGCAUGCAUGAUCUGGAAGAGGAACACAUGCCUCAUACUUGGAAUAGGGUGGUCAGCGAAGGUGGCGCUCUCGCGCUCGCGGAAGCGGAGAACACCUGGGAGCGGCAGAGGACGGAGCGAAGGCAUUCUGACAUGCUGGGAUUUGAUACCAUCGUCUCAAUGGCCAAGAAACAUGGCAUCCCUGCACAGGAAGUACGGCAGUGCGCUGACGAAUUCCGUGCCAUGGACACGAACCGUGAUGGCAGAUUAUCUAUGCAAGAAUUUGAGGUGAUGGUCCGUCAACGUUGUGAUUUGCCUCCACAUGAGCCACUUCCUGCUACAUUGGGCACCACAAUGCAAAAAGCUGUGGAGAAGCGCCCGGAUGGUACCGUUGGGUUUGAGGACUUCCUUCUGUGGGUGUGGCAGUGUAUCUUUAUGGAAGAGAUGUCCGCAACAGACCUACCAGAGCGGCAGCAGCGGAGCUUGGCGCGAGAGCUGGGAUUGGAUUUGCCGAAGUUGGAGUCACUCAGGGAGCUCUUCAACAACUGCGAUGAUGAUCGCAGUGGCUUUAUCGAGUGGCCUGAAUUUGACCAGCUCGUGAGAUGUUUGCUGGAUGCCAAAGAAGCCACCGACGUCUCGGAGGCGCUGCUCCGGCGUUAUUGGUCAGAAGUCAAUGAUGCCUCUUCUGAUUGCAUUGGUUUUCCUGACUUUGUGAGAUGGUAUGCCAAGAACUUCGCUUGAGGAGCUGACAGCGCGUUGCAUCGCAAGCGACGGAAAUUUUCGUUGGUCCCCGAGCAUUUGAACAUCGUUGCAUCUCCCAACGUGCUGCAGUCGAUUGCAGAUGAUACUUCUCUUACGUGAAACGCCCUGGAACCAAUGGCUCUUUGUUGGGAUAUACUUGUUUCGGCAUUGUAGAGUUUAGCAGUGCUCUUUGCCAAAUGCCAGAUUUUUCUGAAAAUUGGAUAGGGCAAAGGGCAACCCAGCACUGACUCGAGAAGCUGGCUCUUAAGAGAACUUGCAUCAGUCAGAACACGUAAAUAGUGCCGAUACUGUGCCGAUUGUGUACAAUUUUUAAGAGUGUUUGAGGCACUUGAAGGGGCCAGAGCACGUCUUGUGAG